AUGGAGGAAGCUGGCAGUGGUGAUCUACCAAUGGAGGAUUGUGGGCUGAAUCUGCCAGCCUCUCAUGACACUGGUGUUUCGAAGAAUAAAUCCACUGACGAUGGCACUGUUCCUUGUCAAGAAGGUGUGGAAACUACUGGACUAGUAGCUGUGAACAAGAAUGUUUUUGGGCUUAUCCGGCCAGCGUCUACUGACACUAAGAACCAAUCCAACGACAAUGACAUGCAUCAACCUCGAGAUGGCCAAGCUGCUACCACCAGCCCUGAUCUUUCUACUGGCCAAGCGUCUGAUCAUUCGGCUUUUACCAAUAGUCGAGCUUCUACCAGCAGCCCUGGCCUUUCUAGUGGCCAAGCGGACAAUAUUGCUGGUGUUUCGGAAGUUCCCGAUAUUCGAGCUUCUACUGGCAGCCCCGAUGACCAAGCGGACAAUGACGUUGAUCGUUCGGUGGUUCCCGAUAGCCGCAGCCCUGGCCUUUCUACUGACAAAGCCCACAACAAUGUUGAUUAUUGCAGCCCUGAUCAUUUGGCGGUUCCCGAAGCACGUCGCGUUGCAGAAGCUGGGAAACUGGCAACUAGCCAGCUCUUGCACUCUCGCAUUGGGGUAACUCGAAAGGAAAUCAACCAGGACCAAGCCUGGAAAUCUAUUGGGCUCACGAAAAAGUUUGGAUCUGGUGCUGGACUUGCCCCCAACAAGGCGUACCUGUCUGUGGAGGCUGGCUCUGUAGCCCUGGACGAGGACACUCCUGGAAUGCUGACAGUUACGUUUCUGCUUCCAGGGCCAGAACGCAUCAAGGUGAAAGAGCAACUUGAGUCUCUGGGGCAAAACCCUAUUGCCCUCUUUUGGACAGAGGCCCAGCUUGAAUCCAGCGAGAGACUCUGGCACUACAUUGGCCAUUACCAGUGCGCAAAGAUUUGGGAGGAAGAUGUUACGUUUUCUGCAUCCUUUUGCUGGGAAAAGUUCAAUGAAAAUGUGGCCACCAAGCUGGACGAGAUUGCCGCUGCUGGGGCCAGUGGCUCACACUAG